UAACAACGCAUGCUUCAUUCUCCAGCUGAACUGGAAACAGCUCCACAAGCUCAGCUUGCAACUCUGAUGGUGGGAAGAAAUUUUUGGAGCUGUUUGAGUGAGAGGGCUGGAGCAUUUUGAGAUGUCUUAAUCCCAUAACAAAGACUGUAUCAAAGGGACUGAGCAUUAGGAAGCAUUUCAACAGGUGUCUUUGCAAAAGGAUUCUGAUUCUUCCCUCCCACUUCCCUCCCCCUAGAAAAGCAUGUUUGGAAUAGCUGCAAAUUCAGUAUCCACCAAGUCUCCAGCGUGGACUCCAGUCAUCCUUAACUAAUAACCCCAUUGCUUUAACGAAGUCCUCGCACUUGACUGUCUUCUUGGACUUGGACAAAAAUAUUACCUCCCUUCAUCUCCUUCCUUGGAAAUGGAGUAGACUGCCCGGAGGAUUGAGAACCCUUGAACUCUAUGGGAAUUUUAUGAAAGAAAAAAUGCUACAAUUCUGCAGGUAUCUUUCGUGAGUUAUCUGGAAGCUCUGAGAACCUGAGGAGAGUGGCUGUGUGCAGGAGGACUCAAACUAGCAGUGGCUCAAGAUAGCAUUCAUCACCACAGCAGAGUUGCUGCUCCCUCUCUGAUAGCAGGAGGCUGCAGCUAGAUAAAGAGAAACAUUAACUAGUGGCUCUGAUCUCAAGACUCCGGUUUACCAGCAAACAAUACAACACUCCAAUAUACUGAAGCAAGAAUCGGGGUCAGGCUCUGUCAUGGGAGGUGACACUUUUCUCCCCUCCAACAGCAGCUCACCAUACUCCAAGAAUGACAGCAGAAAUCGUAUCUUCACGGAGAAGUAUACUUUUUCGUCUUACUAUCAGCACUCCUCCCCCAUAGCUGCCAUGUUCAUCCUGGCCUACAUCUUCAUCUUCCUGAUGUGCAUGAUUGGCAAUAUGCUGGUAGGCGUUAUCGUGCUGAAGAAUCGGCAGAUGCGGACCGUCACCAACAUGUUCAUUCUCAACCUGGCCAUCAGUGAUCUGCUGGUGGGCAUCUUCUGUAUGCCAACCACCCUAGUGGAUAACCUGAUCACAGGUUGGCCAUUUGACAACGCCAUGUGUAAAAUGAGUGGAUUGGUGCAGGGGAUGUCGGUCUCAUCUUCAGUUUUCACUCUGGUGGCCAUUGCAGUGGAAAGGUUUCGUUGCAUUGUUUACCCCUUCAGACAGAAACUAACUCUGAGGAAAGCCCUAAUCAGCAUAGUUAUCAUUUGGGUCUUGGCCUUGAUAAUCAUGUGCCCCUCCGCAGUCACCUUGACAGUCAUCAGGGAUGAAUAUCAUUUCAUGGUGGAUGCAUACAACAAUUCCUACCCACUCUACUCCUGCUGGGAGGCAUGGCCUGACAAGGGAAUGCGAAAGAUCUACACAACCGUACUCUUUUCUCACAUUUAUGUGGUUCCUCUUACCUUAAUUGUGAUCAUGUACGCACGUAUCGCUUUCAAACUUUUCAAGUCCUCUGCACCCAAAGGAGGCUCCCAGUCAGAGGAGAAUGAGGGUAAGAGGGUCUCCAAGAGGAAAGUCAAGGUUAUCAACAUGUUAAUCAUAGUGGCAUUGUUCUUCACUCUCUCCUGGUUGCCCCUGUGGACUUUAAUGCUUCUAACAGAUUAUGGAAACCUAACUGAGCACCAGCUCAACGUGAUCACAGUUUAUAUUUUUCCAUUUGCCCAUUGGCUGGCAUUCUUCAACAGCAGCAUCAACCCAAUCAUCUAUGGGUAUUUCAAUGAGAACUUCCGAAGAGGGUUUCAGGAGGCUUUCAAGGUCCAGCUCUGCUACGUGGAGAACAAGCACAAGGAUACUUAUUCAGAGAGGAACAAUAUUGGAUUCCUUUUUGGAGCACGAAACCGCAUUUUUGUUGAAGCGCACCCUAGUGAUUCAGUGCAACCCUCCCAGUCCGGACAAAGUAACCUCUCCAGAAUUGGGUUAUUUCCACUGAGGAAUGGGCGUAUUGCUAACCAUGGGCUGAUGGUGGAGGACUUGGACAAUACAGGUUGUUCUCAUAACAGUGUCAGUGUCCCAGCUUGGGAUGUCUAAGACUACUGCAUAUCGGGCCCCCAUAGUUGAUGGACUUUUUAGUGGACAACGCUGAAGAUCUGUGAACCAUAACAUUUGAAACUCUCUGAGGAGUAAAUUAUUUACAAUGAUGGACAUCUAGACUAAAAGUUAUUCAAUUAUACGGACUAAAUUGCUAAAGGUUUAGAUGUUAUACAUGGUACUACAGUUACAAAGCAAAAGAGAAGGCUUUAUGUUCAAGUUUCCAGAUCUAUUAUUGUCUCCUAGACUUUCAUGUGAAUUAAGGAAUGGUUUAUGGAGGGAUUUUUAGGAUCCAGGCAUAGCAGUUAUUCAGUGGCAUAGCAGAUGAUGAUGGUAAUGCAGUGCGCAGCUGACUGUUACUUGUUGGCUACCUUAUGGAAUGGACUCAAGCUGGCUGGGCUACUUGAAAGAAAGAUCGAAGACUUGGUAUUGGGAGAAAGAUAAAAGUUCAGACAGGAAUGGGGGGGGAUGAAUAGGCAGCAUAUAACAAUGAAUCUCUGAACUGGAAAUAACAGAUAAUUAUUGGGAAAAAUCACAUACACCACAUGGGAGCUAAGUCUAGACCCUUGAUCGUUCAGCUCAAAAAACAAACAAACCAACCUGGC